AUGGAAGCCUUGAACUUUGCAUGUGGUGACACAAGUGGGCUCAAACAGUUUGCACUGAAAGUUACUCUGUUCACUACAGUCCACAAACAUUACACUGUGGAGAAGACAGGGGUUGGCUAUCCUCAGCUGAGCGCCGUCAUUGAGUGUGCAGAUGCAGCCCACGGCCUGGGUGGCCACAUCAUCUCAGACGGGGGGUGCACUUGCCCGGGAGAUGUCUCCAAGGCUUUUGGUGCUGGAGCAGACUUUGUGAUGCUCGGUGGUAUGCUGGCCGGCCACUCGGAGAGCGGUGGCGAGAUCAUCGAAAAAAACGGCAAGAAGUACAAACUGUUUUACGGCAUGAGCUCCUACACGGCGAUGAAAAAACAUGCGGGAGGCGUGGCUGAUUACAGAGCGUCGGAGGGGAAGACCGUGGAAGUUGUCUACAAAGGUCCGGUGGGUGACACCAUACGAGACAUCCUGGGAGGGGUGCGCUCCACCUGCACGUAUGUCGGUGCAGGCAAGCUGAAGGAGCUGAGCCGCAGGACGACCUUCAUCAGAGUCACCCAGCAGCUCAACACCGUCUUUGGGAACGACAGCUGAACGUCCGGCUUUGCAAAGAAAGAAGCGGCGCCGGUUUGACUCCCACAUGCCAUUUGUCUGUUAGUCUGGUGUAAACUGAAGCGAGCAGACGUUUUAUUACUUAAAAACAUCAUAUUUUGAUACUCGUUCAGGUAGUAUGAUGUUAACGUUCAGCGCAGCUCUAGCUGUGUAAGUUCCACUCUCUAUAACAGAAGUAUUUUCCAGCACACAGACUCUGGGUCUCCUCACACUCUGAAUAUUUCAGGUCUGAGUGUGUUUCCAGGUAGUAAGAUGCAGGCUACCUCUGCAGGCCUGCUCUCUCAUCAUUCCAGUGCAGACUCCUAAACUCUGCUGAAAGCCUUUGUCACUGACAUAUAAAAUUAUAGUAAAUGUCUUAAAUUAUUUAUACAUCCUAAAUGUUUCUGCAAUUGCUGUAACAAAAUUAUAACAUCGACUUGUUUUUUAGAAAACCUGUCAUUCCUUUGCUAAAGUUUUGCACUUUAAUGAGUUAUACUUUCUAUAAAUGAUCUGUUAGUGCAAUGAGUAUGAGUACAAUCUGGGAGCACAGACAGCAUGUAGUAAUGUAGUGCUGAACUUACAAUACAGAUGUUAUUCAAUCUAUUUGUACUUUUGUCUUACCUGGUUCAGCUGCUCCUGAUCGAUACCAAAGUUAGUGUGUUUCCUUUUACAAACGAGACCUUCAAGUGGAUUUACUGUAAUGAUUAAAGCCUUUAAAUAAACUGAUUCCUUCACAAGUCC